AUGGAUGAGAUAGAGCACAAAUACGUAGAAGUGAAUGGUUUAAAGCUUCAUAUAGCUGAAACUGGGAAAGGGUUUUCACCAGUUGUGGUGUUCUUGCAUGGGUUUCCUGAAAUAUGGUAUUCUUGGCGAUACCAAAUGAUAGCGAUAGCUAAAGCUGGUUUCAGAGCUAUUGCACCCGAUUAUAGAGGAUAUGGGUUAUCGGAUCAGCCACCCCGACCCGAGAAAACUACCUUUUCUGAUCUUAUCAGUGACCUUCUUGCACUUCUUGAUGCUCUUACCAUCUCUAAGGCUUUUCUCGUCGGUAAAGACUUUGGGAAUAUUGUCAUUUCCCGUUUUGUCGUUCUCCAUAAGGAGAGAGUCUCUGGAUUUAUUACUAUGGGAAUGCCAUUUUUUUCCCCACGAACUUUGGAGCUUCCAGAAGGCCAGUUUCCUGAAGGCUUCUAUAUAUCAAGAUGGAGGGAGCCAGGGAGAGCUGAAGCUGAUUUUGGUCGCUUUGAUGCGAAAACAAUAGUGAGGAAUAUAUACAUUCUUUUCGCGAGAAGUGAUGAAAUGCCAAUAGCCAAUGAUGAAAAGCAGGAAAUAAUGGAUAUUGUGCUACCUUCGACACCUCUACCCCCUUGGUUCACUGAGGAAGACCUGGCUAUAUAUGGAGCUUUGUAUGAGAAAUCUGGAUUCCAAACUGCAUUGCAAGUUCCCUAUAGAUUUGUAAUUACACAGUUAGAAUAG